AUGGCAGUCAGUGGCAUCUUCAAGUACACGAAAGAUCAUCCAAAGGCAGCCAUUCCGGAGACGUAUAUGACCUCGGAGCUCGCGGAGAUUAACGACGGCCGUGGACAUUACUUGAUUGGCACCUGUGCUACGGAGAAGACGAUGACGCUCAUCGGUCACCUUUGCGACCACAUUUUGAACAAGCACUUUGACUACCGACCAAUCCCGGCUGAGCCAUCCACAGCCCAAGAGACUGUCAACGUCCUUGGAGCCGAACUCUACUUUCGACCCGGCCUUAUAACAUCUCUGCUAGAGUCAGGUCUUCUCUAUAAUACAGAUUCGACCAUACUUGGGUCAAUGAACACGGCAAGGAUAUCUAGAAGGAGUCCCACAUGCGAUAAAGAGGAGCAGGAUACGCUACAAGCCUCAAAUGGUCGAUAUGCAUCACCCUGGAGCCAUGAAUCAUCCAUAUCAAUGGAUCUAAUGAUCACGAUAUCCCAAUGUGCAUCGCCGCGUCUAAGCAGCAGUCGAUCAAUAUCUCCAUGGAGUCAUGAAGAAAUGCUGGAAGAAGACGACAGAAUGCAUAUUUCCCUUCCCGUUCCCAACCGACAGCAUCCCCCAUCGACACCUCUCACAGCGUGCAACUUGAGGUCCAUUUCAUUCGACGAGAGCGAGAACCUAUCUCUCCUCUUCAGUUCCCAGCAGGAAUAUAGACAGUCGAGACCACGUCAAGAACAGGCUCCGUCGGUGGAAAUGAACAGUGUCGAUGAUACCAAGAUACCAUCAAGGUCUACGACACUACGCAAACCCCGAAGUAAAGCGAUCAGUCCUCAACAAUCUCUCCAAACCAGUCCAAACAAACGUGCGCGAGAAGAGGUGGACGAAAAUGACACUCCGCGAAAGCGCAGAUCACGAGAAAAUUCAUCUAUUAACACCUCUACAAUUGAACCAAAGCCCCCACGGCUAAUCCGAGCGGAGCACUUUGGGAAUACGCGAUUCAAAUGUCGCCUCUGUCCAUUCUCCUACCGUGAUAAACAAGGACUCAGCCGUCACUGGCGGACUCAUGCGCUCGACGAAUUUGCAUGCCCUGUGGCGACAUCCUCAUGA